GAGCGGGAGGAUACUCGGCCGGUGUGUUUUGGUCUUUUCAGCUGGAGACGGAUCAGAAGGGACAACCAAAGGCGACGCUGAGUUUAUUUUUUGUGUUCCAUGUUUUCUGAGACGCUUAGUUCCUGGACCAAUGGAUGAACCCGCUCUCCUUCUGCUUCACGUUUCUCUUAUUUUAUCCACAGUUUUGUUGAACGGCUGCUUGCAAAUGCAUCACGAGCAGGAGAAAUCUGCUCUUACAGCUGCUGCCAAAGUCAGCGUUAAAAUAUCAAAUAGGCUUUAACAUCGUUGCAGGUGCUGUAGCUGGGCUGUAUUUCUGAUUGUCCAGCAGUGUGUCUAUGCAGCAGCUUCAGUUUAGAUUUGUAAAACUUUACCUGCUUUUGUUUUGAGUUCAAAUUCAUUUCAAAUAUAUUUGUUAAUAAUGAGUGUACAGUUUUGAGAUUGCAACCAAAUCGCAGCAUUGUACUGGCAGUAGGACGUGGGUAUAUCUAAACGCAUGAAACUGCAGUAAAAGCAGCCUGCAUGAAGUGAGCACCUGACAAUAUGGAAUCAUUAAAUUAGAAAAGUGAUAUUAAACUAUUAAUAAAUGUCCUUAAAGACUGAUGAGCAGACACAGGUGAGGUGGCAGCAGCUUACAGAAACGUAUUUAAAAAGUCAGUUUGAUAUUAAGAAUAAAGAAAAGUUUGAUUGUUUUAAAAGUUCACAUGCUUAAUGUAUUGGGAUGUGUACCUGUGACUCACUUCCUUUGUGUGUCACUGUAUAGAUUCAGCUGGUUAAUCAAAUCUUCAUGUUAGAAAGCAGGAAAUCCUAGAAAGAAAUAUAGACUGAAAUAGUGAGAGUCAGAGCAGAAACAGGAAGUCACUUUUUAAAAAACCAACUUUCUGAGGAUGCAGAGGGCCAUGAAGGCAUGCACCGACUGUCUCCGACCGCCAGGAGAUGGCCACAGCGUCUCUGCUGGACAGAGGAGCUUCCUGGGUUUUACCUCGUUCUCUAUCAGAGAUCUGCUCAGGGUCAAGGAGCCUCACGUCUCUCUUAGCCUCAGGACAAUGGAUGGCGUGAACGAGGUGGGGGAGGUGCGGGUGUCCCGCGUGCAGAUGGAGGGAGACAACGAGAGUCAAACUCCUUCUGAACACAAGUGUUCCACGCUGUGUGACAGUAUUCACGGCUCUGUCCACGACAAAGACAACAGUCCAAUGAUGAGAGCAUUGCUGUGUGCUCAGGUCUCUAAGGUCAACAGGUUUAAGACAGAAGAUCAGAGGUGGCUGCUGGUCAGGGAACAGAUGUCAGAGACGCCGCUUUCUUUCUCUUUACCCAAACAGUUACUGAGCUUGCUCAUACAGGAACAUACAAACAGAAUUCAAGAAGUGAAGGAACUCGGUGACCUUUCACCCCACUGGGAUGGCCUUCGCCAUGAUGUCAUCAGCCACUGUAACCACGUGACCGGCUGCUAUCAGGAGGUGCUCGCUGAGCUCGUAAAAGUCUCAGCUUCAUCCUGUUUUAAGUCGAGCACCAGUAAGUCAGACAGACACCUUCAGUUUGUUCCGACCAACCUACACACGCAGAGGAUGGAGGUCACCAAUCCCGACAGCACAGGUGUUUGGUAUGAUGUUAUAACUUUUGGUGCUCCGGCCGAUCAUCACCAGGCCUUCAAACACGGAGGGCUGAAGAAACUCCUCAGCAAACACACAAACCUCAGGAAAAGCUGUGUCUCUUACUCCCAGGAGGAGAGCUCUAGAGCCAAGGAGCUGCUGACAAGGAUGGCCCAGCUGCAGCCGUUGGUCUUCGGGCUCGCAGAGGAGCUGCUCUCCGUGGCGCAGGAGCUGAACGCUGCCCGGCUGCGGCAGGUCCUGGGCAGCCUGAUGGAACAGACCGAGCAGUUUGUGCACGCACUCAAAGAGGAGUUGGUAAAAUGCGCCCUGCUGGAGAUCCAUAACCAGUGCAUCGCAAACGCCAACAGCAGCCACGUCCACAGCAACGGGCUGCUGUGUGAGAACUGUCCCGCCGAUCAGGAGCAGGAUGGUGGCCGACAUGACACGGAGUACGACGAGGAGGAGUGGGACAGGGUGUGGGUGAAUGUCGGAAAGAGCAUCAACUGCAUUGUUGCCAUGGUCGACCGACUGCAGCAGCAAGAGGAGCAGCUUCAGACGGUGAUGUCACCAGAGCCGCAGGAAGGGGACACAAACUCUCAGAACACAGGUGACGCCUCUCGUUCCUCCUUCUCCUCCUUCUCUGGGUGCACCUGGCAAGAGCACCUUCUCCCUCUGGUGGUCACUCUUAGGGACUGCGUGCGUGAGGCAGUGGGGAAGGCCCAGGUAGCUAUGACCUUUGUGGUCCUGCAGGAGGCAGUGGAUGUGACAGUCGCUCAGGGCCCUGUACACAUAGCCCAGAGACGUCAUGGCGUCUUCAGCCAGGCGCUCUCAGCAGUAGUUUGUGGCGUCAUGCUGAAGCUUUACAGAGGCCUGGAGGACCCUGACUUUCUACGGCAACUUCACACUGUAGGAGUAUUGGCUCAAUUUGAAAGCCUGUUGAGCACCCACGGUGAUGAGAUUGGGAUGCUGGAAGACAUGGAAGUUGGUGUGGCUGACCUAAAGGGAGUAGCGUUCACCAUUACCGAGGCCAAAACGGAACAACCAGACGACCUGCUGCCGACACUCAGUGGAACAUGGGGCAGUUUUAUUGUUGAAGUCCCGUUGCCCCCGGAGACCUUCAGCUCACUUCCACAGGAACUAAAAGAUGGGCUGUUGAUUCGAGUCAAUCCUGUUCUGUUUAACAUUGGAAUCAACCAGCAUCAGAGUUAUGCUGAGAGGUUUGGUGACUGUUCGCUGCAGGAGAGAAUAAACCAGCAGAGCUGUGAGCGUCUCAAAGCUUAUUGUAACACACUGAGGGACAGACUGCCUGACAUGGCUGGUAUCCAGUCGCUGGCAGACUUGUUGUCUUCUCUGGAACGCAGCAUUGAGGCCAAGAAGAGGAAGAACGUGGAGGUUCUGUGGAUCGCUGCUAAGGUGUGCCGUAAGGUGAACGGUGUGCGGCUGACGAGCUGUAAGAGUGCGAAGGACCGCACUGCGAUGUCGGUGACACUUGAGCAGUGCGCUUUACUGCGGGAGCGACACACACUCAGCCAGCAGCACUUCAGCAUCGCAUUAGACUGGAUGAGAAGAUCUCGUCUGUCCUGGGGGCAGAUGCUUGGCUGUUACACCCAGUCAGGGUUCCCUGUCUCUGGGUUAGAUCCAGGGGAGACUCCCUCAGAACUCCCACAGUGUUUGGCCCCCAAAGCCCCCAGACGGCACCUUUACCCAGUGGCCUUUCUCCUGGUGACCUCUCACCUCCUGGUUCUUUGGCUCAUCCUCAGCCUUGUUAUACUGCUGGCAAAAUACCAGUAGACCUGCACAGACUGGGAACACUGGGAAGUAGACUGCAUCACUAUCACUCUUACUGUUUUCUGUCAGGUGUGUUCAGACGAGGUGUGUUCAUGAGAUUUAUUUCAGUUUAAGGAGAGCUGCUUUCUUUAUUUGUCACUUUCAUUUGUUGGAAAGUAUUAUUCACAAGAAUGAUACCAAAGACUGAAACAAGUAUCCUCUAAUGUACAUCCCACAUUGGGUGUGUUUUAGAGUUGGGGGCGGGGUGGGGGGGGGUGUAUUAUUUAUAGCUGUAUAUGUAUAUAUACAGCUAUAGGAACUAUAUGUCUACAAAAAAAAGAGUAAAUUAAAUUCACUUCAACAUAAAAGCUAUAAAUUGAAUUUCAUGUCACUGAGUGAAACAAGUAUUUGAGAACAUGCAAAACAUGACUUACUACUUGGUGGAGAAACCCUUGUUGGCAAGUUCAGCAGUAAGACGUUUGUAGUUGGUCACCAGGUUUGCACAAGUCUCAGCAGGGAUUUUUGCCCACUCCUCUUUACAGAAAUGCUCUAAAUAUUUUAGGUUUCUUGGCUGCCACAUCAGAAGAAACCCAGAGGAGAAAUCUCGCUCAGGCCCACCUGAGCUAUUAAAACUGAAUUGAUUAAAAUGCAUGAAUUUAUUAACAAUUUGAGCAUUUCAGCAAAAACUAAUGCAUAAAAAUACACAGAAUGCAAUGAAUAAUGUGCCUGACACCUGUCAUCUCCAUAUUUUAGGCUCAUACACUCAUUUUAAACCCUGUUAU